CUCUAUCCCUCUCCCCCUGCCACUCUCUCUCUCUAAAAAAAAGAAAAGAAUGUUCCAAGUCAUAUGAAAACUUGCUCACCUUGCAUCUGGCACAGCUGUGAUACUGUUACGUCUGACCCUUUCCAUCUGUCCAGUCCUCUAGCCUUUUUAGUUAUGAUUGAAAUUCACGCAGUAAUCAUUCAGUUAUAAAUAUGGGCAAGACAGAUUUUAGGUAUUGCUCAGUUUAAAACAUGGGGUUUCUGUUUUCAAGGAGUACUGUGAUCUAGUUAGGCAGAGAAGACAUGCCUAUGAAAGAAAAGCUCUUGGUUUUAAGGCAAAAUUGCGUCAACUGAGAACAACAGGGGUCUGCAAACAAGGAUCCCUGAGCCGCAUUUGGGCCACUGCCCCUGUUUUUGCAGUUUAUGGGCUAAGAUUGGUUUUUAUAUUUAAAAAAUUAUAAGACAAAACUAAAGACAAGAAAGAACAUGCAAUAGACUGUAUGGCCCAGAAAGCCUAAAGUAUUUUCCUAUGGCACUUUACAGAAAUUUGUCAACCUUUAAUAUACAAGAUAAGCACCAUCAGGAGAGUAUGUCUAACGUGUGUUUGGGGGACUUGUGUGGCCUGGGCGAACCUCACAGAGAAGCUUGAGUUUAUAUUGGACUAUAAAUUGGAAGGAAAGGAGAGGUCGCUGCGAAGGUUUGUGAGUUGUCUGGACUUGGAGCAGUGUUCUCUUAAGGUCUUGGAGCCUGAAGGAAGUCCAAGCUUAUGCUUGCUGAAGCUGUUGGGUGAGAAGGGUUGUACGGUCACGGAACUGAGUGACUUCCUGCAGGCUAUGGAGCACACAGAAGUUCUGCUGCUUCUUAGCCCCCCAGGAAUAAAGAUCACCGUCAACCCAGAGUCAAAGGCAGUCUUGGCUGGACAGUUUGUGAAACUGUGUUGCCGGGCAACUGGACAUCCCUUUGUACAAUAUCAAUGGUUUAAAAUGAAUAAAGAGAUUCCAAAUGGAAAUGCAUCGGAACUUAUUUUUAAUGCAGUGCAUGUAAAAGAUGCAGGCUUUUAUGUCUGUCGAGUUAAUAAUAAUUUCACCUUUGAAUUCAGCCAGUGGUCACAGCUGGAUGUUUGUGAUGUCACUGAAGUAACAGGAAGCUUCCAGGGAAGUGUGGAUGGCAUCUCUGAACCCAGGCUGCAAAUCUGCGUUGAACCAAGGUCUCAAAAGCUGAUGCCUGGCAGCACAUUGGUCUUACAGUGUGUUGCUGUUGGAAGCCCUAUUCCUCACUACCAGUGGUUCAAAAAUGAAUCACCAUUAAUACAUGAAACAAAAAAGCUCUACAUGGUACCUUACGUGGAUCUGGAACAUCAGGGAACCUACUGGUGUCAUGUAUAUAAUGAUCGAGACAGUCAAGAUAGCAAGAAGGUAGAAAUCAUCAUAGGAAGAACAGAUGAGGCAGUGGAAUGCACUGAAGAUGAAUUAAAUAAUCUUGGACAUCCUGACAAAAAAGACCAAACAGCUGAUCAGCCUUUGGCAAAGGAUAAGGUUGCUCUUUUGAUAGGAAAUAUGAAUUACUGGGAGCACCCCAAGCUUAAAGCUCCUUUGGUGGAUGUGUAUGAAUUGACCAACUUGUUAAGACAACUAGAUUUCAAAGUUGUUUCACUGUUGGAUCUUACUGAAUAUGAAAUGCGAAAUGCUGUGGAUGAAUUUUUACUACUUUUAGACAAAGGAGUAUAUGGAUUAUUGUAUUAUGCAGGGCAUGGUUAUGAAAACUUUGGCAACAGCUUUAUGGUCCCUGUUGAUGCUCCAAAUCCAUACAGGUCUGAGAACUGUCUGUGUGUACAAAAUAUACUGAAAUUAAUGCAAGAAAAGGAAACCGGACUUAAUGUAUUCUUGUUGGACAUGUGUAGGAAAAGAAACGACUAUGAUGAUACCAUCCCCAUCUUGGACGCGCUGAAGGUCACGGCCAAUAUUGUGUUUGGAUAUGCCACGUGUCAAGGAGCAGAAGCCUUUGAAAUCCAGCAUUCUGGGUUGGCAAAUGGAAUUUUCAUGAAAUUUUUAAAAGAUAGAUUAUUAGAAGACAAGAAAAUUACUGUGUUACUGGAUGAAGUUGCAGAAGAUAUGGGUAAAUGUCACCUUACUAAAGGCAAACAGGCUCUGGAGAUUCGGAGUAGCUUGUCUGAAAAGAGAGCGCUUACUGACCCAAUUCAGGGAACCGCGUACUCUGCGGAGUCUCUGGUACGGAAUCUGCAGUGGGCCAAAGCGCACGAACUCCCAGAAAGUAUGUGUCUUAAAUUUCAGUGCGGCGUUCAGAUUCAGUUAGGGUUUGCCGCCGAGUUUUCCAACGUCAUGAUAAUCUACACAAGUAUUGUUCACAAGCCACCCGACGUGCUGAUGUGCGACGCCUACGUCACCGAUUUCCCUCUUGACUUAGAUAUUGAUCCAAAAGAUGCGAAUAAAGGGACGCCUGAAGAAACUGGCAGCUAUUUGGUGUCCAAGGACCUUCCCAAGCACUGUCUCUACACUAGGCUCAGCUCGCUGCAGAAAUUAAAGGAACAUCUGAUCUUCACAGUCUGCCUGUCGUAUCAGUACUCAGGAUUGGACGAUACCGUAGAGGAGAAGCAGGAGGUGAAUGUUGGGAAACCCCUCAUUGCCAAGCUGGACAUUCACCGAGGUUUGGGAAGGAAGACUUGCUUCCAGACUUGUGUUAUGUGUAACGGCCCUUACCAGAGCUCGGCGUCCACCUCAGCAGGAGCCAGCCAUUACCACUCAUCGCAAGACUCGUUCCACGGCGUUUACCAUUCGCACCUUGGUACCGCCAGUAACGUCUUGUCGUCAGAUGGCUGUCGCUGCAGCCGGAUGGCAGAUGCGUUUAUUUCGAGUCACCACGCCCACCAUUACCCGUGCCAGUUUGGUAGGAGCAACGUGCCGGUGGAGACAACUGACGACAUGCCAUUCAGUCUCGCUGAGGGGCUCCGGAUUUCUGAAAAGUGA